AUGCCUUUAACACGCUUAUUGGUGUUUGCAACUUGGAACAGAAAACCCUCUCCGUCUGAAAGCUUGUUGAGAUGUCUUCAUUGUGUAAAGCCAGUUACAAACCAAGAAGAAAUUCAUGAUGACAAACAGACAUUAGACCCAAUCCACACUGACAAAACAUCAUCCAUAUUGAAGUCAGAGGCAAAGCAUGAAAAGGUCUUCAGCUUCUUAAACAAUGUCUGUGAAAAAGGGUUUCAAACAAUGAAAGGAAUUGAAUCCAAGCAAUCUUUUUCUGAUUUUCGCUCAAGAAAUGAUUUUUUAAAAGCCAGUGUUGUGAGGUUUGAACGUCUACAAUACUUAUAUACAGAACUGAAGAAAUCAAGGCCAAAGACAGCAAAAUUCUGCUUUCCUGCAUUGUCAAAAAAGAAAAUUGAGAAACUAAAAAGUAUAGUUGUGAUUGAUAUUGACACUGUCAAGUCAGUCACUUGGAUCAAGGUGAAUCGACAGCUAGAAGUGGAGGAUUGGAAUCAUGCCAUGUUAAUACCUCAAAUGAAUAUGUUCAACAAUGUGUUCCUUUAUGACAUGGCAAAAUCUGCAGUGUCCAAGAUUCCAAGUGGCUGCAUUUAUAUCAUCAGGGAAAGGGAUCAAAGCAGAAAGCAGAAAAAAGGAUUCAGUAGCAUGGAGUUGCAUUAUAGAACUCUGCGUUCAAUUUUCACAACCUUGCUUAAAUUAAAAGCUGAGGUAGAGGAUGACCCAAAUGUAUAUGUUGUAAAUAUGUGGACUAUGCCUGAAAUUUACAAAUCAGGUGGUUAUUGGUCAUUCAGAGACUCUAACUGUGAAAUUUUGCAGAAAGCAAAAGAUCGGAAACUAGAUGGCACAUUUGUUUUACACAUGCAACCAAAUUUGCUUGCUCAGUACAACAGUGUAGAGGACAGUAAUCUACAGGAACAGUAUGCAAGUGUGGCACUCUUAGCCAAUUCCUUUAAUGUACUUGUCUUGAGAUGUUACGACAAAUUCUAAUAUUAAUUAAUUGAUAUGUUGUUACUUUUGGAUAAUAAAACCCCACUACAAAGAGUAUCAGAGAUGUUACCACAAAAGUUCUAAUAGCAGAAAAGAGUAUGAAAUGUUACAAAUCUGAAAUCACAAUCAUACACACGAGUCUGGGAUGUUCAUACUCAGGACAUUACCACACAAAAGUUCUGAUAAUACGAGGGAGUGUGGAACCUAAAGAUACAAAAUUUCUGACCACAAGAAUAUUUUGGAUAUUAAUAAUAAAAAGCAUUGAAUGCCCGACAAUAUUGACAAGGUAAUUAUGUGGUAAUUUAUGCCUUAACACAUUUGUUAACAAGGAAAGCUAAAAGUGAAAAUAGGUUUUAAGUGCUUGGUAUGUUAUAUGUUACAAAAUUGAUUCCUAACAACCAUCUCUCUUUCCAUUGGUAAUAAAACCUGAUAACCACCUCUGUUUACAAUGGGUAAUAAAACCUGACAACCAUCUCUGUUUACAAUGGGUAAUGAAACCUGACAACCGUCUCUGUUUACAAUGGGUAAUAAAACCUGACAACCAUCUCUGUUUACAAUGGGCAAAUGAAACCUGACAACCAACUCUACAAUGGGUAAUAAAACUUGACAACCAUCUCCAUUUACAAUGGGUAAUGAAACCUGACAACCAACUCUACAAUGGGUAAUAAGACCUGACAACCAUCUCCAUUUACAAUGGGUAAUGAAACCUGACAAUAAACUCUACAAUGGGUAAUAAAACCU